GCCGGCCCCGAGCGGGAGGCGGAAGCCGCGGCCGGGCGUGCGCGGGGCGGGACCGGGAGCGGGAGCGGCACCGGGAUCGGGAUCGGGAUCGAGAUGUGCUGUGAGCACUGGGAGCCAGGGGCAUUGCAGUCAUCCAGUCUGAGGGACCUGUGGUGAGCUGGAAAUCUGGACCAGCUUGGAUUCUCUGUGGAACUCAGUGUAUGAGCUGUCUGCACCCUCUGGAGCUUCCAUCUCUCCCACAGUGGCACCUGGCACCUCUGGAUAAGGCUGUUGUUCAGAUCCUUAUAAAAAGAACGUAGGCCGUGAAAAUCCAGCACAAGCUGAAACGUAUAGCAAGAGAUUCAAAACCUGCUGGGACUUACAAGUUUUACAAACCAGGUUUCUGCAGAAGAGGAAGAAGAGGUUUCAUUCCCAAGAGCGGAUGUGGGGUGGCGUGUCACAGCAGGAGCCACCCUGUUAGAUGUCCUCGAGGUCUUUCCCAGGACAUGCCAGCUGGGCACUGCCCUGUCCUGCCCAAGGGGACCUGACUAGUUGCUGCCCUGCCUGGAGCCCCGUGUCCCUGUGCUGCCACAACUUCCACGUUGUUCCUGUGCACGUGGGCUGAGGAACAGCCGGGAGCCGGAGGGGCUGUGCCGCAGGAGGAGGUGCUUGGUGCCAGCCAUGUGCCCAGCUGGGUGGCACCCCCAGCCCCCCGACGCCGAGGGCCUGUCUCAGUAGCCCCCCCAGGAUCUGCUGCCCCGCGCCGUUGAUGUUGAGCGUGUUGUGCUUCAGGGUGCUGAGGAAAAUGCAGAGGCGGCACAGCAGCAACACGGACAACGCGCCUCCGGAAAGGAACCGGAGCCAGACGGUGAGUUCCGAGACCAGCGUGGAUGAGAGCGGAGUGUUCGAAAGCCUCAAGGCCGAGGCCUCCUCCCCUCAGCAGCUCUUCUCGGGGCUGGCCGGGAUCCCCUCGGGCACCAUCACGGCCGCGCCCUUCCAGUCGGGGUUGGUGCUGGGCUCCUCGGCGGGAGGCGGCGAGGUCUUCAUCCAGAUGCCGGCCCCGCGGGAGGAGGGGGCCGGCCGCGCCGAGGGAGCCCCGUUCCACCACCACCGCCAGCCCUCCCACCACUUCCACCACGGCCACCACCGCGGCUCCUCCCUGCUGCACAUGGCGGGGGGCGACCGGCACGGCCACGCCGAGGAGGGCCCGGACGAGCAGGGGGGCACCCCGGCCCCAGCCCUCUCAGAGCUGAAGGCCGUCGUCGGGUGGCUGCAGAAGGGGCUUCCCUUCAUCUUGAUCCUCCUGGCUAAAGUUUGCUUCCAGCACAAGCUUGGGAUUGCUGUGUGCAUUGGCAUGGCCAGCACCUUCGCCUACGCCAACUCCACGCUCCGAGAGCAGGUCGCCCUGAAGGAGAAGAGAUCAGUGCUGGUUGUGUUCUGGAUCCUGGCCUUUCUCACUGGAAACACCUUGUACUUGCUUUACACAUUCAGCUCUCAGCAGCUCUACAACAGCCUGAUCUUUCUGAAGCCCAACCUGGAGAGGCUGGACUUCUUCGACCUGAUGUGGAUCGUGGGCAUCGCAGACUUCGUGCUCAAGUACCUCACCAUCGCCCUCAAAUGCCUCGUGGUGGCCCUGCCCAGGAUCAUCCUGGCUGUCAAGUCCAAGGGCAAGUUCUACCUGCUCAUCGAGGAGCUGAGCCAGCUGUUCCGCUGCCUGGUGCCCAUCCAGCUGUGGUACAAAUACAUCGUGGGAGACGAUCCCUCGGGCAGCUACUUCCUGGGGGGAGUCCUGAUCAUCAUGUACAGCCUCUGCAAGUCCUUUGACAUCUGUGGCCGUGUGGGAAGCGUCAGGAAGGCACUGAAGGUCCUUUGCACCCCCCAGACCUACGGGGUCCGUGCCACCAGCCAGCAGUGCAGCGAGGCAGGAGACAUCUGUGCCAUCUGCCAGGCAGAGUUCAGGGAGCCUCUGAUCCUCCUGUGCCAGCACGUGUUCUGCGAGGAGUGCCUGUGCCUGUGGUUCGACAGGGAGAAGACGUGUCCCCUGUGCCGCUCGGUCACCGUGGAGACCCUGCGCUGCUGGAAGGAUGGCACCACCUCUGCCCACUUCCAGGUCUACUGACACAGGGCACCUCAUGCAGGGGAGAGGAAAAACCUGGAAAAUCACCCCGUGCCCCCCCGUUUAGCUGCCCUGUGUGUUUGUUGUCAGCCUUCCUCCCAGCUCUGUCCCUCCAGGAGCCAACGGAACAGUCGUCACUG